AAUUAUUAUUCAGCAGCAACGACUUUUAUUUUAAAGUCAAUUAAAAGUUAGUGGUCAGGAUGCGCUUUGCUCACACUGUGCGUGGUGUGCUUGUAAAUAGCAACUAGACUUGAAAAGAACAGGCGAUUUAUAUCCCUCGAUUUUCUCCUUAAACUGCACUGCAAGGUGUGACGAUGCUUCCUGCCUUCACGAGCCUCAGACACUUUUCCACAACUACGGUGAGGAGAGCAGCGUCUGAGUUCCGAAUGACUGUCCCGUGGGGAGAGAUGAGAGGUCAGGUUUGGGGUCCUUCUAAUGGUCGUCCUGUGCUGUGCUUGCACGGUUGGGCUGACAACUGCGGGACAUUCAGUACCCUGAUUCCACUGCUUCCUAAAGACUGGAGAUUCGUAGCCAUUGACUUUCCAGGUCACGGUCUCUCGUCUCAUCGGCCUGAUGGGUGCCUUUACACCUUCCCUUUGUAUGUGGCUGAUGUUCGGCGAGUUGUUGAAGCUCUUCAGUGGAAGCAGUUCUCUAUCAUUGGACAUAGUAUGGGUGGGAAUGUGGCAGGAAUAUUUAGUGCCUUGUACCCAGAGAUGGUUGAUGCUGUAGUUCUCUUGGAUACUUAUGGAUUCCUCCCAACACAAAUGACUGACAUGUUCAAGAACAUGAGGAAAGGGAUUAAUGAUCAAAUCCACUAUGACAACAAGACGGACGAGAGGAAAGAGAGGGUGUACACGUAUGAGAAAGCCAAAGAAAGAUUGAAGGCUGCAAACCCCUCCCUUUCCGAUCAGUCUGCAGACAUUCUGUUAGAGCGAGCUGUCAGAGAAGUUGAGGGAGGAUUUGUAUUCACCAGAGAUUUCAGGAUCAACCUGAAAAACAUUGUGAAUAAUAAUAUUGAACAGUGCCUCCACAUGUUGUUACUAGUUAAAGCCAGAGUGAUGCUAUUGCUGGCAAAAGAUGGUAUAUUCAAAACGUUUACUCUUCCUAAUGGAUAUGGUGAUAUGAUUCAGAAGAGCUGGAUUGAUCAAAAAGCCACCAUUCUUAACAUUGAAGGGGAUCAUCACAUUCACCUCAACACACCUGAGUCUGUAGCCUCCAUAAUCACUGAUUUUCUUCAGUCACACAGUCCUGACGAAACAGGGAAUGAAUCAAAGAAAAAUCAGUCUUCCAGAUUAUAGCACUCAGAUGAUUCAAAUAAUGAAGUACACUGAUUAAAAAUAUUUACACCAUUAACCAAUUCUCGUAAUUUUGUAUGAUACUGUGAUGCUUUAAGCAUCAUAAACCUAAAAUUAUUUUUUUAAAUUUACAAAAGUUAUUUUAUUAGAAAACACUCAGAAUGUUUCCAGUAUUUUCGAUAUCCAGUUGUCUUCCAUUUUUAACAAGAUGUUCAGUCCCUGCGUGUGGACAUCUCCCUCACAGAAUGAUGCAGCCACAUUCACACCUCACAGUUGGUACGGUGCUUUUUGAGAUGUGGACCAUGUUAUAUUGGCAAAAUACAAAAUAAACGCUUAUAAAUUAAUCAGUAUUCAAAAAAUAGGUUUAGUGCUGAACUGGCUUUAUAUAUUACUAAUCUAUUCAGAGAGAAGCUGGCUAUAUGUGAUGAACUAAAGUUUUUUUGAAAACGUAAAUAUUAACUAAAACAUCUGUUCGUUUUUACUUUUGUUGUGAUGAAGCGAAACUAAAGGUUAAAGUCUAAUGCAAUUUGUGCAA